UCAAGUUUUAGUCGAAAUAACAAAGGCAAACAGUAAGCACCAUUGACUGGCACAAGGAAUCAAUUGUUUCUUGAUCAAUCAGCAUCAAAGAGACCUCGACCUCUGAUUGAACUGCACGUGACAUCUAGACGUAGCUACAUUUUUCGGAAUUCGAGCGCUGUCUCGAUUCACCACUCGGACCAGAAAACAACACGGUGUCUUUUUUUUUUAUCAGAACGACGAUUUUACCGUUUGCCGACGACCUGUAUUUAGAACAAAAUUACUAUUGGUUGAAUUAGCUAGCGACGUCUACAGAAAUUUGUGCAAAACCGACUGUUAACAAGCUUGCAAUCCAGUGACUGACAUGUAGCUAACUUCCGAAAAUGAGGAAGAAACAGAUGUCGAGUCGAGUUAGCAACUUGAAGCGGCGAAAGGAGAAGUGCGCUGUUCCCUCAAGCGACCGAAACCUCAAGGUGAAGGGUUCAGAUAAGAGUUCAGUGAAGAGGAUGGAUGUUAAAAAAAUGGAAGACUCAAAAACCGAAAUUCCCCUGAAUGACUGUAUGGUUGGCGGUUGUAUGGAGUCAACAACUACUUCUGAGAGGCUCAUCUGUGACGGUUAUAAAUGGGAUGAAAAGACAAGGUGUGGCGCACCACCAGACAUGGAUGAAUUGUGGGAGGGUAAAGAGAAUGGUCUGAGAUUUGAGUUGAAUUACCACAGAACAAACGUGUUACCAGAGAAUAUGGAGGGUGAUGAAACUGAAGCGAGUGUUGUGAUUGAUAAGAGCAUCUUCCUUGAUGAUGACAGCAACCAGGUUCUUCCUGUGGAAAAGUUCUUCGGAAACAUGGAAGUUGUACAGGAUUGUCCACAGAGAUCUGCAGCCUCCUUGACCUUCAGCAGGAGGGAGCACCGGAGACGACAGUACUACGCCAAAGAGGACAGUGAUGAAGAGGGCUACACAGACAUGCAGCAAGAGGACAUAAAUGGCACUUAGGAUUUAGUUACUUCUAUAAACUAUCAAUGGGAUGGAUUAAAACCUCUGUCCUUUUACUAGCCUAAUGGCAGACAAGCCUGGGAAAGUGGAUUUGUUCAAUGGAACGAGGGUAUCAAGUUAACUUUUUGCCAGCAUGUACCCCAAAGUUUUUAAAUUUGUAUUGAUGUUUAAAAAGCUAUUUGCACUAACAAAGUAACUUCUUGCUUUUCAAUUAUCAGGACCUAUAGUGUGUGUAUAUAUUGUUUAAUUGGUACAGGGUAAGCGCUCGUUCUAUUUUUAUUGAAUGUGUCUUUUACUUUGUUACUGGUUGCCUUGUCAGUAUGUAUGCACAGUAAUGUCUUUAUUUGGUGUUUUUAUAUUGCUAUGUAAUAGCACGACUGAAUGAAUGCAACAUAAAAAUCAUGUAGUCUUUAGGCAGGUUUCCAUUGACCCGGGUUUAUUAGACAAAAGCAAUGUAGCGACAAAAAAAAUGGUGAUGUGUAACGGAAACUGCAGAUAUAGGAAACACUUUCUAAAGACACAUAAAUUACAACAUUUAUAUCAGUUCAAUGGGUGGGAUUUUCCUUUCUUCAAACUUUCUUUGUAAUAAAUGAUUGCUGAAUA